AUGGAGAAUAAAUGGUUCAUGGACUUCAUCUUUGAUGAAUUUAGGGGAGGCAAGAUCAAUAUAGAUAAGACCUUAAAGCUGCUCAAUAAGUUUGAACUCUCUUAUGAUUAUGUUCACGUGAAAAAAGUGUUUAAGAAAAAUGACAAACAGAAGUCUGGACUUAUUACCAUGGAAGAUUUCAGAGCAAUUUAUCGAACGCUUCUGCACAGACCUGAACUGACUGAACUCUUCAGCAGCUACUCGCCCAACAAAAAAGUUCUAUCACCAGCAAAUCUAGCCGAAUUUCUUAGAAAGGAACAAUUUGAACUUAAUGCCAAUGAAGGGAGAGCUGUUUCGCUCAUUAAUCAAUAUGAACCCAUUGAUGAAGCGAGAAGCCAAAAGGAGAUGACCAUCGAAGGCUUUACACGAUACAUGCUGUCAGAAGAGUGCAGUUUAUUCAAAAUGGAGAACAAAGCGAUUUACCAAGAUAUGAGUUUCCCGCUGUGUGAUUACUUCAUAUCAUCUUCACACAACACUUACCUUAUCCAGGACCAACUUAUAGGGCCAAGUCAUCUGUGGGGCUAUGCCAAUUCCCUUAGAAGGGGAUGCCGCUGCGUGGAAAUUGACUGCUGGGAUGGGCCAAAUAAUGAGCCAGUGGUUUAUCAUGGACAUACUCUGACAAGCAAAAUUACCUUCAAGAAUGUCAUCAAUGUUAUACACAAACAUGCAUUUGAGGCUUCAGAUUACCCCAUUAUUUUGUCACUGGAGAACCACUGCAGCCCUCCACAGCAGGAAAGGAUGGCAGCUCAUAUGCUCGACAUCCUCCGUGAUACUUUGUGUACUACAACCAUUGACAAUUCUAUGCCAACUGAGUUACCCUCCCCAGAGCAAUUGAAAUUCAAGAUCCUGAUCAAGAAUAAGAAAGCUGGAACACUAGAAGAAACCCUUCAACGGAGGGGUGAGAGAUAUCAGGGCCUGGUAGAAGAAACUGAAGAUACCAUGGAGUCAGAAGAUGACCUCGAUGAUGACAGUAAUAUACGUCUGGUAAAGAAAUCACUCAUUCGGCAAAAAAGCAAAAAAGAUAAGAAGGGCCAUAAAGUCAAAGUGGCUUUGCUGCUCUCUGAACUUGUGAUUUAUACUGCUUCUCGGAAGUUUGUCAGCUUUGAAGAUUCCAGGGAGAAGCAGAAAUGCUACCAAAAUAAUUCCAUCGGGGAAGUGAAAGGUCAGAAGCUCAUCAGCCGGAGAGCUCCUGACUUUGUCACACACACAGUCCGCUUCCUUACAAGAAUCUACCCCAAGGGAACCAGGACAGACUCUUCAAAUUAUGAUCCUCAAGAAUUCUGGAACGUCGGAUGCCAGCUAGUGGCCUUAAACUUCCAAACACCGGGUGUGCAGAUGGACUUAGUCAUUGGAAAAUUUUUGGACAAUGGAGGCUCUGGUUACGUUCUGAAACCAGAAUACUUGAGAAGAAGAGACUCUGCUUUUGACCCAUUUAACGUUGCCGAAAGGUAUAAUCCCAUUACACUAACAAUAAAGGUUAUUAGUGGUUAUCAGCUGCCUCCAAGUAAUCUUUCCAAGAGUAACAAGGCUGAUCCCCUAGUCAAAAUAGAAAUUCAUGGUGUUUCAGCGGAUAUGUCAAAACGGCAGACUUCUGUCAUAAAGAAUAAUGCUUUGAAUCCUAGAUGGAAUGAGACAUUCACCUUUAAUAUCCAAGUUCCAGAUCUUGCCUUAGUACGCUUUGUAGUAGAAGAUCAGAUGGCGCUUACUGCCAAUGACUUCCUUGGCCAAUUUACUUUGCCACUUUUGAGCAUGAAUAAAGGAUAUCGCCACGUUCCACUUGUCUCCAAACUCGGAGUUACCCUCAAGCCCGCCUCUCUGUUUGUCUACAUAUGGUACUUUCAGCAGUAA